AGCGCAAGCCAAUGGUGACCCGAUCUCGGAUCAAUUUCAACACUCACACCGGGAGCAGUCUCUGUACAGAAUACGCUUUAGUGUCUGUGGGGGUGAGACAGAUGUUGGGGAGUUGUUUCGUUUCGCGUCAGGUCCGCUCCCACCCCGCGGUGAGGUUCCACCUUAAGCCAGCGGGACGGACCUUGGUCCCGGGACCAGGACCGUGACCGUGACCGCUCCCCCCACACCCACCUUCGCCGCUGCCGUUCCCAGUGUCCGCCGCAGCUUCAGCGAUGAGCGGUCGCUAUCACAAGGCGGCUCGGGACGGGUACCUGGCUCCGCUGAAGGAAGCUACCAGGAAGGACCUCAACAGCUCGGACGAGGAUGGGAUGACCCCGACCCUGUGGGCAGCCUACCACGGACACCUGGAGGCUCUGCAGGUCAUCUGUAGUCGAGGAGGUGAUCCUGACAUGUGUGAUAUCUGGGGGAACACGCCCCUGCACCAUGCCUCCACCAAUGGCCACCUCCACAUCGUCAUCUUCCUGGUCAACUUCGGCGCCAACAUCUGGGCUCUGGACAGCAGCUGGCACUCGCCGCUGGACGCGGCGGCUGGCAAGGGCCGCAUGGAGUGCGUCCGCUUUCUGGACGCGGCGGCCUCCAAGCAGACGGCGGCCAACCCCAAGCAGGUAGCCCGGCUGAAGGAGAAGGCAAGGAAGGACUGCGAGAGGCAGAUCCGAGAGAGCGAGAAGCGGCAGAAGAAACAUCAGAGGCAGAUGAACAAGAAGUAUGGGGAGGAGACGCAGUCACAGAGUGGCAGCUCCCGAACCGUUGGCUCGCUGGGGUCCGGCACCCUCACCUCUUUGUUGAAGGGGUCCCUACAGAAGAAACUCUGGAAGAAGGAGGGCAGCCAGAGGGUCCAGCCGGAGCAGCCGGAUGCAGACCUCGUCCUCGGGAACCAAGCCAGUGGCCACACCAGUGUGCUGGAGGUGUUUGCUGAGCCAAACGCGGCCUCUCCCGACUUGACACCCACCGAAACUGAGGAACGGGAAUCGCUUUUCAACCGGCCGGGGCUGGGGAACAUGCUAUUCCGGAGGAAUUUUGUCCCGUGCUUGGAGGAGGAGGAGGAGGAGCUGGAAGACGUGCGUCCCCAGGUGCCGGUGGAGUUCCUGGACUUCGGGGAGGGUGGGGAGGAGCCUGGCGCCCUCGGUGAGGAGGAGUGUGAGGACUUGCCCUGGGAGGAGCAGGAGCUGGGGCUGGAAAACGAGGAGCCGGAGACGAGCCCCCUCGAGGUGUUCCUGGCCGCCCAAAACCUAAGCGAGUUCCUGCCCUUCCUGGUCCGGGAGCAGAUGGACCUUGAGUCGCUCGUGCUCUGCUCCGAGACUGACCUGAAGAGUAUUCACCUGCCGCUGGGGCCACGGAAAAAGAUCAUCUCCGCGGUCGAGCGGAGGAAAUUAAUCUUGGAAACCGCGAGUGAGCUGCUGGACACGGUAUUGUAGGUCCC